AUGGGGAGCCAGGAACUAGCGAAGGAGAUGGAAGCCAAGCACCCGAGCCUCUACGUGCUCAAUAGCCGGGCAUUGCAGCCGCUCUUGACCAAGAUCCGCGAUAGGGCUACGACGCACAUGCAGUUCAAGCACUACUCCGACCGCCUCAUGAGAAUUUUAGCGGAGGAAGGCUUGGCGUCCUGUGCGAGUACGACAACGACAGUCGUGACCCCUACGGGCGACUCUGUCACCGGUGUCGCUCCAGCGGAGAGCAUGUACCUCUCAAUUCGUGCUGCAGGGAAGAUCCUGAUUCAGCGUGAUGAGAGUUCCGAGGACAAGCAUGCAGUCAUGUACUACUCGAAGCUGCCUCCCAAUGUAGCGACAUUUAAGAAUGUGCUGGUGGUCGAUCCUAUGCUCGGGACUGGAGGAAGCAUCACGAUGGCUAUCAAGGGCCUCGACGCCCUCUUCGCUGCACACCCCGAUGUGAAGGUUGUGACAGCCGGUGUGGAUCGAGGCCUGAACAAUGCGAAGUAUCUGACGCCGGGUAUCGGCGACUUUGGAGAUCGAUACUUCAACACUGUGCACAGUCACCACCCGUGA